GCUUGGAGUUCCCGGAUAUGAAAGUUUUGACAGCGCAAAGUCACGUUUUUUUUAAUCGUGGAAUUACGGUAACCAGUCUCCUUAAACUGUCGAAUAAUGUCCUCCUUGAGCGGGAUUAAGAUACCGAACCGUCUUCCCUUGCUCCUGACCCACGAAGGAGUGCUUCUCCCGGGUUCCACGAUCCGAUUUAGCGUGGAUACUCCUCGGAACAUGCACUUGAUUAAACAGCGUCUGCUGAAGGGGACUUCGCUGAAGAGCACCAUUAUUGGAGUGAUCCCCGACACCAGGGACCCCCAAAAGGACACGGAGGACCUGCCUACUUUACACAAAAUCGGUACUGCGGGGAUCGCGGUGCAGGUGGUGGGCAGCAAUUGGCCCAAGCCCCACUACACCCUCCUCAUCACCGGAUUGUGCCGUUUCAGCGUGUCCAGCCUGCUGACGGAUCGACCCUUUGCGUUGGCGGAGGUGGAACAGUUGGAUAAACUGGAACAUUACACGACCCCGGCAGGGGGGGCCACGGCCGAAGAUGGAGACCUGCAAGAGUUGUCCCAGAAGUUCUACCAGGUUGCGUUACAGUUGCUAGGUAUGUUGGACGUGUCUGUUCCAGUGGUGGCCAAAUUCCGCCGUCUGUUGGACAGCCUUCCCAAGGAAACUCUUCCGGAUGUCGUUGCGUCUAUGAUCCGCACCUCAAACAAGGAGAAAUUGCAGGUCCUGGACGCCGUUAGCUUGGAGGAGCGUUUUAAGAAAACACUUCCCAUGCUGACCAGACAAAUCGAGGGUCUGAAACUGCUGCAGAAGACCAGGAAAAUGAUGCCUGGUCAGGAAAAGACGGUGUUAACUCUGCGUAAAGGCGGGGUCCUUCCGGGACGGCAGUUUGAUCUAAACGAGGAGGAUGAUGAAGACGAGGAUGGGGACGACACGGCCUCCUUGGAGAGGAAGGUUCACGGGGCCAACAUGCCUGAAGCGGCUCUCAGGGUUUGCAUGAAGGAGCUUAAAAGAUUAAAGAAGAUGCCGCAGUCCAUGCCGGAGUACGCCCUCACUAGGAACUACUUGGACUUGAUGGUAGAACUUCCAUGGAGCAAAAGCACCAAAGACUGCUUGGAUAUCCGAGCUGCCCGGACUUUAAUGGAUAAUGACCACUACGCGCUGGACAAGCUGAAGAGACGCGUUCUGGAGUACUUGGCCGUUCGACAGCUCAAAGCUUCACUAAAGGGUCCCAUCCUUUGCUUUGUGGGACCACCAGGAGUUGGUAAGACCAGUGUUGGGCGUUCCAUCGCUAAGACUCUCGGUAGAGAGUUCCACCGUAUUGCCCUCGGCGGCGUGUGCGACCAGUCUGACAUUCGGGGUCACAGACGUACGUACGUUGGCAGCAUGCCGGGCCGCAUCAUCAACGGCUUGAAGACAGUGGGGGUCAAUAAUCCAGUUUUCCUCCUGGAUGAAGUGGACAAACUGGGGAAAAGCCUCCAAGGCGAUCCUGCAGCUGCACUGCUCGAGGUGCUAGACCCGGAGCAGAACCACAGCUUCACAGACCACUAUCUCAACGUGGCGUUUGAUCUCUCUCAAGUUCUUUUUAUCGCCACUGCCAACACCACGGCGACUAUUCCCCCCGCCCUCCUGGACAGGAUGGAAGUGCUGCAGGUGCCGGGCUACACCCAGGAAGAGAAGGUGGAGAUAACUCACCGGCACCUGAUCCCAAACCAACUGGAGCAGCACGGACUAACGGAUAAACAACUGCAUAUCCCGGCAGACACUACAAAGGAAAUCAUAAACAGGUACACGCGUGAGGCGGGCGUGCGCUCCCUGGAAAGGAAGAUGGGAGCGAUCUGUCGAGCCGUGGCCGUGAAGAUCGCUGAAAACCAGAGAGAUUCCAAGAGCGAGGAUUUGACCUCUGAGAGUCAAACACAGCAAGGAGAUAAGACGGCACCCCCGGAGAUGCCCAUCGUGAUCGACCAUGCGGCCCUCAAAGACAUCCUUGGAGCGCCGAUCUUCGACAUGGAGGUGUCGGAGCGUCUCACCCUACCCGGCGUGGCCCUCGGUCUUGCCUGGACCCCUUUUGGCGGGGAGAUCAUGUUCGUGGAGGCCAGUCGCACGGAGGGCGAAGGUCAGCUGACGCUCACGGGGCAGCUCGGAGACGUCAUGAAGGAAUCGGCGCAUCUGUCAAUCAGCUGGCUCCGAGCCAACGCCAAAACCUACCAGCUCACCAACAUGGCGGGGGGGCCGGACCCGCUAGAAGGCACAGACAUCCAUCUCCACUUCCCCGCCGGAGCCGUCACCAAGGACGGCCCCUCUGCCGGGGUUACCAUAGUAACCUGCCUGGCCUCUCUGUUUAGUGGGCGACUGGUGCGAUCCGAUGUGGCCAUGACCGGAGAGAUCACGCUUCGAGGGUUGGUGCUGCCGGUGGGCGGGAUCAAAGACAAGGUCCUGGCGGCGCACAGGGCGGGCGUGAAGCGAGUCAUCCUCCCCAAACGCAACGAAAAGGACCUGGACGAGCUGCCGGCGAACGUGCGGGCCGACCUCGACUUCGUCACCGCCGGCGACCUGGAUCAGGUGCUGAACGCCGCCUUCGACGGAGGCUUCCCGGGGACGGUCGGCACGCAAGCGCUGCCUCAGCUGAGUAGCAAGUUGUAAACGCAGCCGCUGGUGCUGCGCGCCACCUAGCGGCCGACGGCUGUAAUGACACACAUGUAAAUCUGACUAGGGAUAAAGAGCAUAUAAAAGAUGAGUCAAAUGGAAUCAAAUAAAAAAUGUUUUAGAGGUUUGUGACGAAAAUAAAGACGUUUGAACUUCUUAUAUUUCCUGAUG